AGGGGGGGACACUUAAUACUAAUGCCACUAAGGCGAUGAUAUAAACAAAUAAUAAAUUAUACAAGUGAGUCUUAGAAAGAUAAAUGAACAAGCAUUAUACUUAUCUGCUAAAUGAAACGGCUGAUGAUAAUGUUGAAUAUUGAAAGGAUCAAUUGAAGUCGAAUGCAAGUAGCUGACCAAAGUGUACAAUUAGCUGUCAACGGUAUCGUGAUGUAUCUCAGAAAAUAUAUAGACCCAACGGCGAUGAACUGAGCGCACGGGGUACGACAAUCGCAAAGGUGAUAUUUUCUUUUUACAUUAAAAACGAAUAGAAAAAAAACUGGCUCGCAAACGCCAUAGAGCUUAUAGCAGAAGAAGCGUUAAGAUGGCGGCGACAAUGGUGACAUAGAGAGAAAACCGACAACAACUCGAUGUAGCACAACGAUAACAUGAUUAAUCAAAAACGCAUUUCCUUGACAGCACAUUCGAUCGAUGUGUAUCCAACAAUAAUAAUGAAUAGAAAACACAGUUUCUUAUCUAUUUAUUAAACUAUCGUAGUUUUUAGGAAAUCAAAAAUGUAUUUAAUUAGAUAAAAUUUUGAAAAUGAAUAUUUUCAAUGUUAAAGAAUAAUAAAAAAAUUGUUCAAAUCAAUUUUCGAGAAUUACCCGGAAUAUUAAUUAAUAACCAAAAAGAUUGUCAUAUUAUAAUUGUAGCAGUAUUUCUGGUUUGAAUAACAUUUCCAUGGCAACCAUUUAUAUAUUUAUAAAUAAUGAUGAUUUUCACAUAAAAAUCAUUUUCGAUCUAAUUAAGUAAAUCAAUAAUUUUUGAUAAAAAAUGGUUAAUAUUAUUACACGAAUAAUAAGAAUUGCCAAGAAGAAACUUGGGUUAAGGAAAAAACGCAAUGUCACCUCAGUAGAUUAUGGAACACAAACAAACAAAUUGACAGAUGAUAUAAACGGUCAAAUAAAAUCUGUUCCAGAAGCACAUAUUUUGGAGUCGCAGAAUAAGGAAGUUCAAGACAUUGCAGUUCAGACAUCUUUAUUAACCUCUGAGAAACUUACUCAGACUAAUAUUAAACUUAUGUUCAAUGUGUCCGAGACACAAACAGAAUUGUCCUUACUGAAUUCAUUAAAUUGUGAAACGCAAACUGACGUGUCAUUAGAAAAUAUUAUUUCAAAUAAAAAAUCUUUGCAUGAGCGUCGUAAUUCAAUUUCAAUAUUAAAAAAUUAUAUGCACACUGGUUCUCAGUGUUGUCUCUUACCUACUACAAACGAGCCCCUUUUAGACACUAUAAAGAAAUUACCUUUAAAAGUAAAUAAUUGCGUUGAGGAAGGAAUUAAUCCUUCAACGACACUUAAUGACACUCAAGAAAAGACUGAACCGUAUGUGACAAAAAAACACAUAACCACUGAAGGUAAAUUUGAACAAAUUUCUAAUAGAAAUAUCACAUUAGUUGAUGAAAUUAUAGAACAUGAUGAUUUGAAGUCAUGUAUUUCGUUUCCUUUAGAAGCAUCUAAAGAAGGUCGCUACUGA